AUGGCUCGUAAGCUUAGUCUUGAGUUAAAGAUCAAAAUUGCCAAGGAAUUAAGUGAAAAUAAACAUCUUACUGAACGAGAUAUUGUAGAUAAGUACAAAAUUAGUAAAGAUUUUCCCAGAAAUAUUCAACGCUCUCCUCAUACUUUAUCCCAAAAAUUGGAUAAAAUUGUUUUUGAGGCUUUCACCAAGACAAGGGAAGAAUUUAUUCCUGUGUCCGGUCCUCUUUUAAAAAAUAUUGCUUCCAAAGUAGCAAGGAUGUUGAAUUAUUCGGCGUUCAAAGGGUCCAAUGGCUGGUUGGAAAAAUUUAAGAAAAGACAUAUGUUGUCAUUUAAGACAAUUAGUGGAGAGAAAAACUCUUCCGAUGUUUCUUCGCUUGAUAUGUUUUUUUCCAAGUAUGAUGAAUACGUAAAAGAAUAUGGUCUUCAAAAUAUUUUUAAUUGCGACGAAACUGGGUUAUAUAUUAAAAGGAUACCUUCAAAAUCAUUUGUAAGUUCGGAUGAAGAUUGUUUCGGAAUUAAAAGGAGUAAAGAAAAAUUCACUAUUCUUUUGUCGGUCAGUGCUUGUGGCGAAAAAUUGAAGCCAUUGUUAGUAGGAAAAUAUAAAUCCCCACGUUGUAUGAAAAACUUUAACCCUGAAGAACAUGGAGUUUCAUAUUCAUCAUCUAAAAACAGUUGGAUGACAUCAGAAAUAUUUAUUACAUGGCUCACCAUUACAAAUGAACAAAUGAUUACGCAAAAGAGAAAAAUUGUUUUGUUACUUGAUAACGCAAGCUGUCACAAAUAUAUCCAUCUUUCCAACAUUGAAUUGUUUUUUCUCCCAAAAAAUACAACCUCAUUAAUUCAACCGUUAGACAUGGGUAUUAUUAAAUCUUUCAAGUCCAAUUAUCUUAACGCUUUAUUGGAUUUUACUCUUUAUUUUGAGGACGUUGAGUUACAAAUGGUUAAUUUAAAAAAUAAAUCUUUGUCAUGUCGUAAAAUUGUUGAACAAACGUGGCAAAAUUUAAAUCCUUAA